UCCAGGUUAUAUUUUAACAUUGUGUUCAUAUACAAAACAAAGGUUGUGAAUCAGCACGAAUGCUGGCAAGCCCUGGAAGGUUUGUGAUCACGGACUUUCACGAGACCCCAAGGCAAGGAGAGACAGAAGCCCAGGACAACAGCAUGGGCGCCGCUUUUCAGUCGGGCGCCGCUUUUCGGUCAGGCGCCGCCUGGACUACAUUUCCCAUAUCCAAUUGCCGUGCUCCUGCAGGAUUGGCCAGAACAACGCGGAAGUGAUUACGGGUCGCCCAGCAACGGGCGGAGUCCUGGCCCGAAACUGGAUGCGCACGCCCCUUCCCUGCGGCGGGGAGGCUGACAAGUCUCCGCUCUAUCUCUAGCGCCUCGGAGCGCUCUCCGGCUUUGCUGUCUAGCCCGGCGGCAGCGCGAUCUCUUAGGCACUAUCACCGCCUUCCUCUCCAGGCCCUGCCCCUUUGACGCCGGCAGUCGCGAUAUUGCGGAGACUGGAUUUCAGCUUCGUGGUCGGCGGAGCGGCCCCUGGAGGGCGCAGUGCGCAGGCGUGAGCGGUCGGGCCCCGACGCGCGCGGGUCUCGUUUGGAGCGGGAGUGAGUUCCUGGGCGAGUGGACCCGGCAGCGGGCGAUCGGGGGGCCAGGUGCCUCCACAGUCAGCCAUGGCAGCGCUGCGCUACGCGGGCCUGGACGACACGGACAGUGAGGACGAGCUGCCUCCGGGCUGGGAGGAGAGAACCACCAAGGACGGCUGGGUUUACUACGCCAAUCACACCGAGGAGAAGACUCAGUGGGAACAUCCAAAAACUGGAAAAAGAAAACGAGUGGCAGGAGAUUUGCCAUACGGAUGGGAACAAGAAACUGAUGAGAACGGACAAGUGUUUUUUGUUGACCAUAUAAAUAAAAGAACCACCUACUUGGACCCAAGACUGGCGUUUACUGUGGAUGAUAAUCUGACCAAGCCAACCACCCGGCAAAGAUACGACGGCAGCACCACUGCCAUGGAAAUUCUCCAGGGCCGGGAUUUCACUGGCAAAGUGGUUGUGGUCACUGGAGCUAAUUCAGGAAUAGGGUUCGAAACUGCCAAGUCUUUUGCCCUCCAUGGUGCACAUGUGAUCUUGGCCUGCAGGAACAUGGCAAGGGCGAGUGAAGCAGUGUCACGCAUUUUAGGAGAAUGGGCUGGAGUACAGUGGCGUGAUCUUGGUUCACUGCGGCAUCAACCUCCUGGGCUCAAGCAAUCCUCCUACCUCAGCCUCCUGAGUACCUGGGAUUACAGGUAUUUGCCACCACGCCCAGCUAAUUUUUGUAUUUUUAGUAGAGACAGGGUUUCGCCAUGUUGGCCAGGCUAGUCUUGGACUCCUGACCUCAGGUGAUCCGCCCGCCUUGGCUUCCCAAAAUGCUGGUAUUACAGGCAUGAGCCUCUCCAUCUGGCCUCACCAGUGCUCUUCUGACUAGCUUGAUCAUAUGCCAAUGUUUUAUUCCUUCGUGGAGCUCAGAGUAAGCUUGUUUUACUGGACGUUUUCUAUAAUAAAGCUAGGGGAUGGCGAAUCACUCUAAUUACCAAAAAGCUGUCUUUGAUAACAAUGUAGGAGAUAAGGAAGGCAGAAAUAACAUUUGCGUAAUUCUUUGCCAUUCUGUCUCUGAAUCUUGAAAUAAAUACUCUUGAAUUUAUAUAUUCUUGGUCCUUUAGGAGUCAUAAAAACAUACCGUUACAUAUGUAUAUGAAACGGUGAGAAACUGCGUAUUUAUUAAGAGUCACGACCCUUAGGACGAGAUAAAUCAAAUUAAAUCUCAUAAAAACCUGUUAUGGAAUAUGAAUACGUAGCACUAUUUUUUCUUUUAGGGUCUCUUUAUUAAUUUUGUCAUGUUUAAUAUGUUACAGUUGCAAACAAAGGCAUAAAUGCAUGCGUUCAUUCCUAAUUAAUUUAUGUAAUUGGGUUUUAUAAAUUUAGGUGUUUAGGAAGCUGUGCGUAACACACUCCAUUUACUGUGUGCUGUAGCCAAUAAAAGCAUAAUAGAAAGAAAUAUAGUUUGAAGCUCACUUCAAUGGUAAAUAUAGAUUAGUUGUAAAUGAUAUCUUUGUAAUGUUUAUUUUAAAUUUUGCAAUGCUGCAGAUUUUCUGAACAUACCAAUUAAUGUUCUUAUUUGAAAUAAUGACUAGUUAAUUACUAUAAAUUCUAAGUGCUCUAUCUCUGACAAUUAAAAAUUGUCUUACAGCUUUUUAUUUAUUUAAUUUUUUUUUUAGUUCUUUCCAAAUUAUAUUCAGUGCAGCAUCUGGGGAAAGAAGAAUGAGAAUGGAAGGAGUGUGUUUAAAAUGUGGGUGGUUUUGUCAAUUCCUAUUGGGAACGCUUGUAUUUGAAUGUAUAUACAUAUGCACAUUUAUGUGUAAUGUCUAUUUCAUGCUAAAUAAGGAGUGAACAAGUUGAAAAAUAUGAAAUGCUGUUUGAAUUUUUAAAAUAGGUUAUAAAUUAUAACAUGAAAAUCAAAUACAAUGGGUAAAACCAGUAAAUUUUAAAUAAGUUUACAUUUGUUGUCGUGAUGUGACUGUGACGUUACCUGAGAUCGCAGCAAGGACCUCUGCAGCCCGAAAAGACCAACUAGAAUGAUUUGAUCAGAAAGGGAAUGGGUAUUAGGCUGCUCCACUGUUACUUUAUCCGCUUCGGGAGAGAGAGCCCUGUUCCUUCUUCAUCUAGCUCAAGCCAGCUGUCAGAAAUGCACGUCAGAGCUACACAAUUCUAUCCAAGGCGUUAACUGUUGUCAAGUCUGUUUUUUAUGAAUAUGUUUCAAUGUAAGAAAUUGUCUUAGGUCCAAAGUGAAACGUCUUCCUCCUUGACUCAUAGCAAGCUCAUGCAGGUAUUUGAACAUUGUUCUGUAUAAUAUGUGCACCUUUGAGAAAUCCCAUGAUUCUUGGUAUUCUUUGUAAAUCUAAUACCUUCCAUCCAGAGAGAGAGUAUACAUGUGGGGUCAAUUGGGAGUACGUUUUGUAUCCUCUAGUCUGAGCCGUACAGGUUAAAGGAGAAUGUUGGAUUUGCUUUUGAAAGUAUGGGCUUGCGGAGAUUAAAAAAAAAAAAAAAGAAACCUUGAAUAAUCAUGUAUAAAUAUAAAUACUGUAUGUAGAAUAAGUGUAAUGGAUCACAUUUAUGAUGAAAUAUGUAUGUCUUUCCAAGGGUAAGACCUUCAUAAUUCAUUUAUAAGUUACCUGCUUUCUCUUACGUGUAAGUAGCAGAAUAGUAAUUUUCUUCGUUCUUUCUGAAGAAUUGCCACACAGGGAAUGAAAAGAAAAAAGGAUGAACUUUUCUUAAACAGCAGAAUGUUAUUCAGAGAUAACUGGAAAAAAGUACGAGAAAAGCCAAAAAGAAAAAAAAAAAUUGUGGGUCCUGGUGAUGUUGGAAAAAUGACGUGUGAGCUGAAGUUCCAGACGCCGAGCUUCAUCUAUUUUGUCAUGUUAUGACAGAAAUCAUUACAAGGGUGAUAGGUUUAUUUAUAAAGACUUGCUUCAAUAUUCAAAGGACAUCUAUUCUAGCAUUCCUCAUUUUGAGCCAGGCUGUGGAUCAAGAUGAAAGAAAAAUUAAAUUGUAUAUUGAAGAGCUCUUAAUUGAGCCAUGCUUUAUUUAACAGGGAAGCAUCGGCUUCAGGCAGUCGAUACCACUGAGGAUUUUUAAUGCCCUGCAUCAUGAGACUGUCAGUUUGCUUUGGAGAAUGCAAACAGGCUAAUGACAAAGCCCUGCAAACUUUUGUAGUUGCUGCUGGUCUCUUUGGAAGGCAAGUGCUAAUUUACCCACAGUUGAAACCUGGCACACACACGCGCAUGCACACACACAGACACACACUCUCUCUCUCUUUCUCUGUCUCUCUUUCUCUGUCUCUCUCUCUUUCUCUGUCUCUCAUAAGGAACUAAAUCCUGCGUUUUCUCACCGGAGGGCUAAUGACACACUGCUUAGUCACCCAAAACUUAUUUCCUAAGGAGUCACUUUGGGGCUUGUUUAAAGUUUUUAAUGUAAGGCGUUAUAUAAUAUUAGAUUUCCCCUCUUUUUCCUUAAUCAAUGUAAAUUCAAUUGCAUUUCAGAGGGUGGCCGAGUGGCAUUUCAUCAUCUCUAAUAUCCAUUUAAAAAUGUUAGGUCUACCCAGUUAUAAUUCUCCAAAGUAGCCUAUCUGUGGUUUAGUAUGUUAUCUCCAUUCUCUAAGGCAGUGUUAAUUUCCUUUUGUAGUUAAUCUAUCCUACUACCAAAUUUAGUAUAUUUAUAGUUAAAGAUUCUGUUAAGAGCUAAGUGAUUUAAGUACAUCUGGGAUAAAGUGGCCUUGGCUUUAACUAUGAAACAAAUUUUCUUUAUUUCAUUCUCUUCACUGAUAAAUCCAUAGUAACUGGAGGCAUUUUUAGAAUUGUGGGCAAUUUCAGCCUCUAAAGUUUGAUUAAAGAUACUUCAGAUAUUCCUACUGAGAGGCUAGAGGGCUGAAAGGAAUUUAUUUUGGGUUCUGGCCCUAGUGCGGCUCAGUGGAAGAGAACAGACAUUGUGAGUUUAAUUCUCACGCUGCCAAUUUCCCAUGAGUCUAGGGUGGGUGUUACUUCUCAAGAAGGUGAUGGUAGAACCGCUGGAGACUUCUUAUGGCUGUGGCAGGGGACUCACACGUCACAAGGAGUCCAGAGGCAUGGCUUUGAAGAGCUCUUUUCAUUCAUUCUUCCUUUUGUUCACUUGUACAUCAAAUACAUGCUGUGGGCCUACUGUGUGCUGAGCACUGAUCUUGUCAGGUUCUUGGGGAAGACUUCAUUGGUGAGGUGACCUUUGAGUUGAGUGUAUGAGUGCAAGAGAGAGCGAUCACACCUGGGAACUGCUUAAUAAAGUCCCCGGCGUCUUGAAGCCACUUGCAGACCUUGGCAGUUGCUGUUGCUCCUGCUGCUGCUGCUGCUGCUGCAUUGUCAAGACUACAUUGAUGUCUUGGAAAUAUAGAAAAAAAGAGGCUGCUGGACUGUGUGCUUAGAAUCAGUGUGCUAACUCUGUUACCAACACUGUAGAGAAGUGGUUCCAGAAGGAAGAGUUCAGGGUGAGAAUGAAUAACGGAGUGGCUUUGCAGUGGGAACCUGGCUUUGCAGCACAGCUAGGAUUGGAGAAGAUCUUCCCAGCAGGGAGAAGAACUGAAAGAAAAUGCGUGAGGGGAGGAAGGUUGCACCAGUGGGAGGGACCAGAAUAUGGUGUGGAAAGAACGAGGUUCAAAUCCAGGCUCUGUCAUUAACUGCCCCUACCCUCUCUGAGCUGAGUUUGUUUUGGACACUGGAGAUAAUGCAUGUUAACAUCCUGCUAGCUCUAUUUAUUUGCCACCAUGGUACAUAAUCAUGGGAGCUCUAUUUAUUUGAUCAUCUUCUUUUGUUAUUAUUAUUUGGUGUAUUUGGGAAAGGCAUGUGGGAGCAGCAAGCAGGUGAGCAUCCUGUUUGGAAUGCAGGGCCGGGAACUGCCCUGCCCAGUCCAGCCUCAUUCCAGAGGCUAGCACCUGGCCUCAGCUCUAGAGCUGCUGGGAGCAUUUCAGCUCUCUGCUUCUUUGGCAGUCUAGUGCUGUCACAGAAGGAAAGCUCACUCCAUGGAGAAGGGGGGAUUGAUUUCUUCUCUGAGGGCAGAGGCUGAUCAAUCUAGGCUGGUAGGAAUAGAUGUAACCUCAGAGGAAACAAUUUGCAUUGGCAAAAGCAAGUCAAUGGCCAUCCCCAAAUUCAAAAGGACAGGGAAGUGUAAUCCUACUGUGCACCCUAAAGGAUCCAGGCCCCAGGAAUGGUGGUGAUUUGCCAGGGGGAAAUGGAGGAAUAACCCCUUCUUUGACUACCUCUGUAGUUUAUAUUGGAUUCUGCAAAGUCCCAUGAGGACUGAUAGAUGGACUGUGUCUGCAUUUGAAUUUUGUAGCUGAAAUGUGGGUGAGUUCACCUAGGUCCCCUUCAUGACAAGGUGGUGAGAAUCAUUUUCUUGUUCUACAAAUCUGAAUUAGGUCCACGAAAGAGGGUAUGCAGCAUAGAGAGGAACCAAAAAGGACGCAAGAUUUAGGAUAGAUAUUGCACCUUGGGAGGCCUGCCUGGUCUGCCCUUGAUAACUCGUGAACAGUCUGGUAAUGCUGGAAGGCAAAGUAAAAGCCAACCUCUUGAGAAAGACAUGGAACACAGGAUGGAACUUGAACUGCUUAAAAUGGCUUUUCUCAGGCCAGCUGCACUGGAGUGUGCUGCUGUAACAAACACGCCCGGAUCUCAGUGGCUUAGCAUGGUGAAUUCAUUUCCCAUUCGUGAUAUCUGACCACAGAUGGGAGGUAAGGGGCUGUGCUUUAAAGUCAGUCAGGGAUCUGGCUGGGCCCGAUGCCUCACACCUGUAAUCCCAGUACCUUGGGAGGUGGGCGGAUCACUUUAGGUCAGAAGUUCGAGACCAGCCUGGCCAACAUGGUGAAACUCCAUCUCUACUAAUAACACGGAUUAGUCAAGUAUGGUGACGUGCACCUGUAAUCCCAGCUACUCGGGAGACUGAGGCACAAGGAUUGCUUGAACCCUGGAGGCAGAGGCUGCAGAGAGCUGAGAUCAUGCCACUGUACUCUAGCCUGGGUGACAGAGCGAGACUCUAUCUCAAAAAAAAAAAAAAAAAAAGUCUUUCAGGGAUCCAGGCUGACCUCAGCACCAUCUCUUACAUGUGCCUCUGUUCUUUCCCUAAUAUAAGGGAGCAUGGGGGAUUAGUGUCUGGCUUAAGCACUUCCACUCAGAAAUCUUGCUUCUCCCCACAAUCCAUUGGUGAAAGCAAGGCAAUGGUCAUGCCCCAAUUCGAAAGAUAAGUGCAGUCCUACUGUGUGCCCUAAAGAAUUGAAGAUCAGGAUACUUAUGAGCAGCUCUCACAACUGCCAUAGUGGCAAUGCGAAUGGCAUCUAUUUUUAAUGUGACUGAGAAAAUAAUUGGUCAGAUAUUGCAGGAUUUUUGUGGGGGAGAGGGUGGAAAAGAACUUACAGAUUAAAAAAGAACUGGCAUAGCACCUAGAUUUUAAACAGAAGGAAAAGAUGACAUUGGGGACCAAAGACACAGAAAUUUCACUUCUGUGCCAUGACAAAUACCAGGGAGAUGUAAUUGCAAAAUGAAGCUGCAAAUGUCUUACCCAGGGAACUAGGUAACAACCUGCUUGGCUUCAUAAAGAAGGAAUAAUAUCCAAUUAGGCUAAGUGUAUUCGGUGCCUGAGUGACAAGCCCUGGAGACCUCAGGGCUUCUGGGGCCCCCAGGGCGGUUUCAGGAGGCUGUCUCCAGACCUGUCUGGGGUGUGAGCAUGUCAUGCUGUGGCCCGCGCCUCUUACAGCUGCCUCUGCUCUUCUAAGCACUGAAAUGAGAGGUGUAACCUGUGUUCCAGAGUCUGCGCCUCCCAGCCACUGGGGCAGGGGCACCUGGCCCGUCAGACUUACCUUGCCUCCCCUGCUGCCCAUGCCCUGCUGCCUAGGCCUGGGCUCAUGACUGGGUCCACAUCAGCUCCACAUUGCAGACUGACCCCCUGGACCCUCACGUCUCAGGAUCCGUAUCUCCCUGUCAGUGCUGUGUCACCCAAAGUCACCGCAGCUCCUCUUGAGUGCUUUCAAGGUUAGACCGAGGGGUCCCAGUUCAAGCUAAUUCCUACCUGUGCGAUCACUAGCCAAGUACUGAACCUCUCUGAACUUCUGUUACCUCAUCUGUAAAAGAUGGUUGGUUUGUAAUUGUUCCUACCUCUUAGGGCUUUUGUGAGAGUUUAGAUGAUAAACCACCAAGCAACAGUGGCUGGCAUUCUGUGCACAAUCGAUGUCUGCUGCUGUCAGCUCUGUGGUCGCUGUCUGCACUCCCACCCCUGUCAUCCUCCAAGUCUGAUCUCCUCCCGAAGUCUCUUCCUGGACCUCAGCCCUCAGGGAUUGCACCUCCCUCUGAAUAUGCUGUCCCUUCUAAUCAUGCCAUUUAGCCACACUGCCUAGCACUUUCUUUUUUGAAUAUUCAUGUCCCAGGUCCCUGAAAAAGUUGCUAAGCCUGCUAAAAGCAAGGCCAGGCCUUUCUUUCUUUGUAACCUUAAUGCCCAGCAACGCUCCAUUCAGUUUGACCCUAAGUUGGCUUCAUACUUUGAUUUUAUGUCUUUAUUUGUUUCUUAAUGAGCUACUUUAUCAUUGUGAAAAUAGUUAAAUAUCAAUAGUCAAUGAAUAAAUAUUACCAAAAAAAAAAGGUUUGUCAUUUAAAAAUUUGGAGCUGGGCUGGAAACUAGGGAUACUACUUGGUAUAUUUUAGUUCUACUGAUAUGACAGUAUUUGAUACUUAAUCAUAUUCAAGCAGCUUUACAGAGACUACCAUGAGAAUGGGUUAAAUUAAGAGGAUUGACUUUGCUGUUUAGCCAAUACAGGCCAAAGUUCAGUGGUUUGAGACAUGGCGGGGUUUGGUAGUAGAUGUAGGAUAUUGCAGGGGAAAGAGUGUUGGAGGAUGGAAGAUUGCAUGAUAUUUCUGGCUUUGUUCUUUGACUGUGUGCUGUUUGUAAAAUCACUUAAGUCCCAUGGGUCAUUUACUUCCCCAUAUCAAGCACCUGCUAUGUAUCAGGUGUUGUGCUCACGUGGUGUUUUAUGCACAGUGUUUCCUCUUUGUUAAUCCUCAUGAUGAUUGAUAUGGUUUGGCUGUGUCCCCACCCAAAUCUCAUUUUGAACUGUAAUCUCCAUAAUCCCCACGUGUCGAGGUAGGGACCUGGUAGGAGGUGAUUGGCCCAUGGUGGCAGUUUCCCUCAUGCUGUUCUUGUGAUAGCACAUGAGUUCUCGUGAGAUCUGAUAGUUUUAUAAAUGGAAGUUUCCCCUGGCCUUCAUUCUCUUUCCUGCUGCUUUGUGAAGAGGGUACUUGCUUCUUCUUUGCCUUCUGCCAUGAUUGUAAGUUUCCUGAGGCCUCCCUAGCCAUGCGGAACUGUGAGUCAAUAAACCUCUUUAUACAUUACCCAGUCUCGGGUAGUAUCUUCAUAGCAGUGCAAAAACGGACUAAUACAGAUUGGGCACGGUGGCUCAUGCCUGUAAUCCCAGCACUUUGGGAGGCUGAGGCAGGUGGAUCACUUGAGGUCAGGAGUUUGAGACCAGCCUGGCCAACAUGGUGAAACCCUGUCUCUACUAAAAAUACAAAAUAGCCGGGCAUGGGGGUGUGUGCCUGUAAUCCCAGCUAUUUGGGACCCUGAGGCAGAAGAAUCACUGGAACCUGGAAGGUGCAGGUUGCAGUGAGCCGAGAUCAUGCCACUGCACUCUAGCCUGGGUGAUUCCAUCUCAAAAAAAAAAAAAAAAAAAAAAAAAAAAGAGAAAGAAAACAGACUAAUACAAUGAUCUGUGAGAUAUUGGGACUGUUCUUAUUCCCAUUUCACAGAUGAGCCACUAACUGGCUCCGGGCAGGACAGUGAAUAAGGGCACAACAGAGACACAAACACAUGGCUAACCAGUGGUCUCAUCUGUCAGCCACACUGCCUGUCUCAGCAUGGGCCCUGUGUGGACCAUUCCAUCUCAAUUUGUUUCUGAUUCUUGUCAAUUAAACAAGAACAGCUGAAAAGUAAAAUAAUAAAUAUAUACAUAAAAACAAUGGGGGGAGUAAUAAUGAUAAUAGAUACAAUUUUUUGGUGUUUAUAAUCCCCAGAACCUGGCUUAAUUAUUUUAAACUAAAUCAACACUUUGAACACUUGCAGGUUAGAAAACCAGUGGACUGAUGGAUGCGUUACAGCGAUUGUUUCCAAGUGUAUUAGUUUCCGCUUGCCGCUGUUACACAUUAUCGCCAAUGUAGCACCUAAACAACACAAAUGUAUUAUCUUUCAGUUCUGUAAGAUAGAAGUCCCACAGGGUUCUCCUUGGGCUAAAAUGUAGUUGUCGGCAUUUCUUUCUGGAGGCUCUGGGGGAAGGUCGUUCCUUGGCCUUUUCCCAUGACGUAGAGGCUGACACAUUCCUCUGCUAUGGCCUCUUCAUCUAUUUUUCAAAGCCAGCAAGGUUGCAUCUCUCUGUCUUUCUUUUGUGGUCACAUUUUACCAGGACUCUUCUCCUGCUUUUUUUUUUCUACCUUUAGGGAUCUUUGUGAUUUCGUUUGGCCCACCUAGAUAACCAGGGUCCUCUCCCUAUUUAUUUUUAUUUUAUUUGUGAGACAGAGCUUUGCUUUGUUGCCCAGACUGGAGUGCAGUGGCUUGAUCUUGGCUCACUGCAACCUCCGCCUCCUGGGUUCAAGCGAUUCUCCUGCCUCAGCCUCCUGAGUACCUGGGACUACAGGCACAUGCCACCAUGCCAGCUCAUUUUUAGUAGAGAUGGGGUUUCAACAUGUUGGCCAGGCUGGUCUCAAACUCCUGACCUCAAAUGAUCUGCCUGCCUUGGCCUCCUAAACUGCUGGGGUUACAGGUGUGAGCCACCACACCCAGCCCCUCUCCCUAUUUUAUUGCGAGGUAAUUAACAACCUUAAUUUCACCAGUAACCUGAAUUCUCCUUUGCCACGCAGUCUACCAUAUUCACGGUUUUCAGGGAUUAGGACCUGGACAUCUUUGAUUGGGAAAUGGGCAUCAUUCUGUCUACCACAACGUGAGAGCCCAUUGCCGUGCAUCCACAGUCAUAAAAGACUGUUCCCUUCCUCCCUGAUUCUUCCUAACUUCUCCUGCCUGCCUUGCAGGAUAUGUGGAGUUGUCAGUUCCUAGCACCACUGGCCAAAGCGAGGAUAGUUGAUUGCACUCCUACUUUCCAGCUGGUAGAAACAGCAUGUGUAUAGGUACAACUCUGGUGUGGGAAAAAUGCUAAAGAUAUAAAGUAGAAAUAGGCUUUGUGUGAUGUGAGCAGCAGAACAAAAAUCGAGGGUGCCAAAUAAUCGUAUGAAGUGGUGAACUGCCUAAGAUGGAAUAUUGCUGUUCCUAAAUCCUGGCUGUGUUGAGACAUGUGAUCCUGCUGAUGAGAUGAGAGCUGAACCACUCUCUUCUCCCAGAUUCUGGGCUUCUGACCUUAAUAGACACCGAGAAACUUAACAGAGGGCUCAGAAGAGAAAUCUAUUGAAAGUUACUAGGUGCCAGGUGUCUCGGAAAGUGUUUCACACAUGCCUGAGACGAUAAAGGCAAGAUUCAUCCAUUCUUUCAGCAAACAGUUUCUUCACUUACCGGGAAAGGGGGUGUAAUAUAUGGGGGUAUAGGGAUAAAUAAUUCUGUGUGCUGUGCAGGCCGUGGAGACUCAUCUUCUGCACAGGUCAGGUUCUGAAGUCAGCAUAUAAGCUGGAAGUGCAGUGAAGUCAAAUGACCCUCAAAGAUCCUUCCAGACUUCAUGCCCUUGGCAACUCAAAGUCAGUUUGGAAACUCAUAUGCUGGUUUCUUCCUUGUAUUUAUGCAGCAGCCUCCUUUUCCACAAAAAGCAGAGGCCAAGGCAUCUCACCCCCUCAAUUUUUUAACUUUCCCUCUCCCUCCUUGUGCUUGCCUUUCUUUUCUUUUCUUUUUUCUUUUUAAGACAGGCUCUCACUCUUGUCACCCAGGCUAGAAUGCAGUGGUGCAAUCACAGCUCACUGCAGCCUGGAACUCCCAGGCUGAAGCGAUCCUCCUGCCUCAGCCUCCCGAGUAGCUUGUACGCAGAUGUGUGUCACCAUACCUGGCUGAUUUAUACUUAUAUUUAUGUGUGUGCAUGUGUGUUUAUAUAUAUAUAUUUGUAGAAAUGGGAUUUUGCCAUGUUUCCUAGGCUGGGCUCAGACUCCUGGGUUUAAGCAAUCCUCCUCUGGCCUCCCAAAGUGCUGGGAUUACAAGCCUGAGCCACCAUGCCUGGCCUUUGCUUGCCUUUCUUAAUGUCUUUGACAAUUCAUGUAAAUGUGUGUAUGAUGUAACUCUAUAGGACUAAGGGUGUGUGAGGAUGCCAGGAGGCUGUUGGUUGACAGGAGUCAUGAUUUGACUCUAUGAGGUCACAGACAAUGCUUUUUAAAUUUUACCGCCAACCCACAAGAAAACUAUUCUCCUUCUUCUAAGGAAGAAAAAAAUGUCACGAUAAAGCAGCUACAUUAAUGACAGGCACAUCAAGGUUUUAACAUGUUCUCUAGAUUUAUGAUGUGUAGCGUGGUCUCCAUUCUAGAAAGCAAAGUAGGGAAAGCACGACUUUGGGGCCAGGGCCCUUCCUGGCUCAGAAUGUCCCUGGCCAGUGUGCGCCGUGCAGUGUGGAAGCAUGCUCCGGUGCGUAUCUAAGUUUCCGUGCUAUCUGUAGGGAUAGUGAUUUUUAUUCGUUAGAGUUUUUGAGUCUAAUUGUUUUUAAACUGCCACUUUUGUUUGUUAAAGAUACAGAUGUCUGGCCAUAGAGGAAAGCAAGGUGGAUUUAUCGUUGCAAUUAGAUGCUUCACAAUUUGAAAACUUAUCACUUAAAUUGGUGAAAUGUCACUUUUAUGUAACUUGAUGUUUAGAAGUCCUUGGCAUCCAGGACUAAACUCAUGUGCAAUUUAACAAGAUCUUGCUGAGAUAAAGGAAGUUGCGCUUGAGGAAACAUUGAAACACACCAGAUGGAAUUUUCCAAUUCCCUCCUACAUGAUAGAGACUAGGUGAAGGGAGAUAGACCACAAAUUGAUUUUGUGUAACUCUUAAAUUAAGUGGAGCAGAGUUAAAAAAAAAAAAAAUCACUGGAUUUGAAGUUGGCCUAUGUUAGAUUACUCCAAGGAAGUUAGUUAAUAUGUUAAUAUGAAUCUAGAUGAACAUUGAGUGUUUUGCUCUUCUUGUUAAUUUGCGCCAUCUACUAAUCUCUGGACAAUGGAGAAAAAGUCGUAGGUUAUAAGUUUUUUAUUUAUGGACAUUAAGCAAUAUCUUUAAAAUGUAAAAUGAAGCCGACAAAAUGCACAGCCGGAUAACAACAACAAAUCUAAUCUAAAGUGACAGGAAGAGACUCUCCCAGACAUUUUUCUCUUUAAUGUAACAUGACUUUAAAUUGAUGCAACCCCACAGUGAUUGAAAAACUCUCAGAGCUUGUCUCCUAUGAUUACAUUUCUGAUCUGUACAACUUAAUUUUUUAACUCGGUGAGUCUCAGUUUUGUGAAUGAACAGUUCUCUUUUGCUUUCUCUCUCAUAUUAUUUGGGAAGACAUUAUUUGGCAACCAGGCAGAUAAAGCUCUGUUACCACGACGAAUACUGAGAAAUCCUAAAACAAUAAAGACCCCAAGAACUCGCCCUGGAAUAUGUACCUCCAAAUCUCUUCUCUUUUCCUUCUCUCCUUCUCUUUGUUUUUCUUUCUCUUCCUGUUCUCUUGUUUUAUCUUGACUUCUCUUGACUGUGGUGACGGUUUGCAUAUAUCUGCGAUUGUACUGAAACUCACCAAACAUUGUACGUUUUAAAUGGGCAAAAUGUAUUUGAACUAUAUAUAUCACAAUAAAGCUGUAAUACUCUUUUAAAGUGUCUCCUGAAUCAUUACCAGUAUAAUUCUUCUGUGAGCUGUAUUUUGAUGAAUUCAGAAUUAAUUUAAAAUGGAUUAUCCCCCUGUAGAAUGGGAGGUAAUGCUGAAUGAUUGUGAAUGAUUGUGAAUGUUUGUUUAUUCGGGGUACUCCCUCAAAUUUCUUAUCCAGUGGUGUCUAGAACGUGUUGGGAUUUUGUUUGAUAGUUUCUUGAGUUGGAAGUUGCGUUUCUUUGGCCUCCUGUGUGGGUAUCAAUGAGUUUUACGUGGUUUAAAGGCCAGUUAUGUGAUGGAUACUUCUAUUAUCUUAUGUCUUUCUGAAUUCAUACACUUAAAUGUACAGUUUUCAUCUUCCUUCAAAAUCUUAUUUUUCCAAGCAAGUUUUAUUUAUUCAGUUUCAGUCAUUACUGAAGUGAAUAACAAACAUAUAACAGAUGCUAUUUUGGGUCAUAGCUGUUUUGCUAAGUAAUACUUAAAGGCUUUCUGACUAUAUUUUUAAUUUCUCGACAGUCUCCCAUGGUUAUUUUCUGAUCAUAACUUGAAAAUCAAAGCUUUCUGUUCAGUUUAACCAUCUUUUAAAACCCAGUGGUUUUAGCUUGGGUAUUAACCUUUAACAUAGCUAGUGAAAAUUGAACAUUUUUAUUUGAAAUAUGCUUAAUGUUGUCUUGUGUAAGACAAAAAGUUUAGGGACAAGUGAACCAUUUACUUUUCUUUUAAUGUGGAAAGCAGUUUGCAAAUGCUUGUGUGACUAACAAGAAUGAAAGGACCAGAAUGGCAGUUCUGAGCUAGAAUGUGAUGAGUAAGUACCACCACAGUUAGCGGCUACGGAAGGGAGGUUGUUCUACAGAGAAACAUGCUCAUCAUUUCUUCUGUUAUGGUAUUCACUCUGGCAAUUUCUUUUUGGACUCAUUCUAAAAUCAGGAUUAAGGAUAUCCACUGAGAAGCUUGCAUUUAUUACUCUAAGCAAGAAACUUCUGUUUAAUUUUUUAACCAUUUGAUUCAUAUGUAUUUAGAUUUUAAAAUUUCAUUUUCUCUUAUCCAAAUGUAUCAUAUAUCUUUAAGUAGGUGAAUCUUGGAGUAGAUUUUAUUAUAUAUCACAUCACAGAGUUAAGCUCGGUUCAUUUGGAUUUUAAAAAUCUCUACAGCUUUGAGAAUGACUUUGAAACACUCUUUACUGUUGGAGCUUAAAGAAAAUAAAUCUCUAAUGUCCUCUAUAUUAAUUCACCUGCUUGGAAAGUUAGAGAUUAAAAGGUUUAGUAGGAUUUUUAUAUUUUCUAUAAUUUCUAUUUGUAUUGGAGUAAACUGUUCUUUGUAUGGAGUGGCUUAGCUUUCAUAAAACAGAAAGAUUCCUAUAUUGAGAAAAGAGGAAGAAGGAAAAAGUGUAAUAUAAAUACAUAAAACUUCCUCUAGCUUUCUUGUAUUAUAUGUAAAGGAGUUAGUAUAUUACUUUAAUUAAGUGUACUUUGAAGAAAGCAAUCUCCUAUUUCCAUUAAUGGUGGACUCUGUGGGUAGAGACGUGGAUAUUUUUCCUUUUAUAAGAAAGGUCUUGUCUUUCCUCAGAAGGCAUUGUGAGCAAAAUAAGGGAAGAAAACGAGAAGCAGAUAAGAAAAACAAAUCACAAUAUUGAAGCAGGACCCGAGUACUAUAGCCUUCCUCAUAUUUUGGUAUCUGGAACCGAGGUUGCUAAUUAAUGACCCAAGAGCUAAGCCUUGUUUGAUGAAAUGCAAGAUGUAAUACACAGAUUGCCUUUGAGUGAUGUGUGAUUAUUACCAUCCAUUCAUGUGUAAUCCCGUAUUUGGAAGGUUUGUAAUUUGUUUUUGACACAUUUCUCUCUGAUUUUAUACACUCAUGCAUACAGGUCUCACCUCCCUCCAAAACCUUAUUUCCAAAGCAGACUUUGUUUGUUUGGUUUGGGUAAUUCAUUGGGCCCUAUUUGUCUUCCUUAUACAUAAUCUAUCUUCUUACUGCUGCCUCUGUCUUCCAAACCAACAAUACAAAGAAUGAAGCCUGGGGACUGGAACUUAAAACUUGUGCCGAGAAAAGAAAGUCAAGGUCUGUGGGCUCCUAAAACGUCCUGUGGAAUUCGCCUCAGAUGCCCCUCCAUUUGCACUGGUAUAUGGAGAAUGUUUGAAAACCACCAGAACCUAUUGUGUACUUUGGAACAAUGGCAUUUUCCUGCUUGAUUGUGAAGAUGGCCGCUGGAAAAGAAGCCAACUCCCAGGGGGCACGAGGGGCUAAGCUGUCUCCUGGGAAGUUUAAGGGAGGCCAAGUGUUUUCCAGUUCAUUUCCAACGCAUAUUUCUUCAGGGCCAAGGGCCCAGCUGUGCCUCAUUAGGGGUGAGAGUUUGGCUGUGACACGACUUAAUAGAAAAAAAAAAAAAAAAGAAAGGAGAAGUCCAACUAGCUGAGUGGCAACAGAACUUGGGACAACCUGUGCCCACAGCCUUUCAUGUCCUGUAAUGAGUGUGCCAUUUGCUCACUGGGAGGAGAAAAAAAUGACAGUAUGCAACAGUCAACUUUUUCCUGAAGAAAGAGAGAAAAAAAUACAUAUUUUGCAGCCGAGACAUCGGGGUACCUGUUAACUUUCGGCACAGCGCUAGUGUCAGCCCUGGAAAGAGACUCCCGGUGAACAGCACUUUUUACCAUUUAAUCAGCCUGUGCUUCUUCGUAUUUAUAGCCCUGGCGAGGUUGGCCCAUUGUUACAAGAGGAAAUUGUGAUGUUCAGCAGUUUAUACCUUGGGAGCUGGAAGCGUUUCUCCAUGGUGAAUUUGUAAUAUUAAUUGGCCAUGUCAGUUCAUGACAAAUGUAGUGACAUCUAUUUCAAGUAUUUCAGUUUUAUGGUGCUGAAGAAGUGACACGCGCUCGAGAUAAGUAAUCUCACAAAAGAUCUUCCCGCUCGCUGUGGAGCGCCUCCAGAACAUGCUCUCAGAGGAGACGCAAAUAGGCUCAGGGUUCAGGGGGCUGUCCCCUUCCUUUUGCUCAAGGCUCAGAGGGGAGCCAGAGGAAGGCGGGGAGGGACGCACUCCCUGUCAUUCCCCUUUCAGUCUCAGGAGAUUCUGGUUGAAGCUCUGGCAUGGAUUUUCCUGCCCAAGAAGUGUACUUGCGGUGAUCAUUUAUGUGAUUUGGGUACCUGCUGCUUGUAGGCUGUGACUGUCAGUAGCAGAAAUAAAUAUAUUGCCUUUCUCACUGUGUACAGUGGUGCUGUACCAAGAGUGACUGCCCAUCAAGGGACACUUGUCUGGAGAUAUUUGGGUUGUCCUAUCUUGGAGGAGAAUAGGCUGCUAUUAGCAUCUAGUGGGUAAGAGGAAGGGAUGCUGUAGAACUUCCUACAAUGCACAGGCGCAUCCCACAACAGAGAAUUGUCUGGCCCCAAAAGUCAAUAGUGCUGAGGCUGAGAAACCCUGCACUUGUGUGGACCAUGCCCUUUUGUGCUUUUCAACCUUGAAGCACUAAUAGGUCAGAGAAGAAUGCCAGGGAUGUGUUGAUGGGUCCACAAGAGGUUGAUGGGGGAUGCUUGAGCUCCUACCACGUGGAAGGUGGUGUAGGCAAAGAGAAGGAUGCGUAGGCACGUUGGACGGUGGAAGGCAGGGGCUGCUGAAUGAUGUGGCAGGAAACAUGCAAAGUGCUCAGCGUCCCUGGGCGGUGCAGAGUCUUGGGAAGCAAGAGGAUGGAGCCAUCCUUUCAAUUUCCAGCCUGGGUUUCCCAAAGGAGAGGGUGUUUGAGUUCAGUGGCAGAGAGAGUGGGGAAGAGUGUUGGAGCCCAGCUGAGUGGCCACCUUUGUCAAAUGGAGCUGAGAAAUGAUUUUCACAUGGCUGGCGUAAUGGCGAAGUUUCCAAAACAGCAACACAACAAAAUAGCCAUUUACAUAUCAAGACUAUAUUCAUAGAAUCCAUAUGUCUAAGGUGGGGAAGUUGUCAUUAUUCCUGUUUUAUAGAUGAGGAAAUAGAGGCCUAGAUGGAGUAAGUGACUGCUGAAGUACCCAUGAUUUGUCAGUAGAAAGGAAGAGACCAAAGGUGGCAUCAACUUUAUUUUUCCUUCUUUUUUUUGAGACUGGAGUCUUGCUCUGUUGCCCAGGCAGGAAUGCAGUGGGGUGAUCUCGGCUCAUUGCAAGCUCCGUCUCCUAGGUUCACACCAAUCUCCUGCCUCAGCCUCCCAAGUAGCUGGGACUACAGGCGCCCGCCACCACGCCCAGCUAAUUUUUUGUAAUUUUAGUAGAGACGGGGUUUCACCGUGUUAGCCAGGAUGGUCUCGAUCUCCUGACCUCGUGAUCCGCCUGCCUCGGCCUCCCAAAGUGCUGGGAUUACAGGUGUGAGCCACCACGUCCGGCCUGUUUUUCCUUCUUUGUUAAGUGGAACAAGUCAUUUUUUUGGUGGUCAUUUCCAAUAUGUAAUUCCUGAUAACACACAUAUGUAUUAUCUCUUUAAAAAUUAAAAAAAAGCCAGCCAAAAAAAGAAAAUAGAAGUGUUCAAGAAACUGCCUUUUUUCAUGUACUAGUAUUUCUGUGUCACUAAAUCCUUCAACAGCAUUAUUUUUAAUAGCUGCCCAAUGUCCUAAUGGAUGGGUGAGUCAUGAUUUACUUAACCAAUCCCCUGUUGUUGGACAUACAGGUUAUUCACAGCUUUUCUCUAUUGUAAGUGGAAUUGCAAUGAAUGUUUUUGUAGUACACACCAGUGAGUGAUUUCUUGGUGCGCUUGGAAGUGCUGGUUCCAAGAAUAAGAUAAUCUGUAGGCUUUGAGAUUAAUUGCCAAAUUGCUUUCUUGAAAUAUUGAGGCUACUACUUUCCAGUGUCUUCAAUAGGAAUACGUAACGUUUUUCUAAAGCUGAGUAGUAAGAGAAAGGUAGAAUCUAAUUUUACUGUGCAUUUUCUUGAUUAUUAGUGAAGCUAAACAUUAUUUUUUAUUGAUGCGUUAACAAUUUCUUUCUUUUGCAAAUGAUCUAUUCAUGUUCUGUGACUGAUUUCUAUCUUGUUGUCUUUACGUUUGUGAAUGGUAAGAAUUUUUAUGUGUUCAGGAACUAUUUAAAUGUUCAGGACAUUAACCUGUGGUUAUGUAUAUCACAGGUACAGUCACAUCGCUUAACAAGGGAGAUACAUUCUGAAAAAUGUAUUGUCAGUAUUUUGUCAUUGCAUGAAGAUCGUAGAGUGUAUUUACACAAGCCUAGAUGGAUAGCCUACUACACAUCCAGGCUAUAUCGUAUAGCCUGUUCCUCUAGGGCUAUGAACCUGUACAGUAUAUUACUGUAAUGAAUAGUGUAAGCAGUUGUAAUACAAUGGGACAUAUUUGUGCAUGUAAACACACCUAAACAUAGAAAAGGUACAGUGAAAAUACGGUAUUAUAAUCUGAUGGGAUCGGCAUUGUGUACAUAGUUCGUUAUUGACUGAAAUGUUGGUAUGAGGUGUAUGACUAUGUUUUCUCAUGACCUCUGCUUUUUUUGUCUUUAAGUUUUUAAUUUUUUGUUUUACUUUUGUCUUUUAAUUUUAAUUCUAUUGCAACCAAAUCUAUCAGCCUGUCUUCUAUGAUCUCUGCUUUUAAUUGUUACGCUUUAAAAAUCCUUCUCCAUGGUAACAUUAUAUUGACUCAUAUGUCUUAUUGGUUGAACGUGCCUAUGUUUGACUUUGAAAUCAUUAAAUUCAUUGAGGAUUUGUUUUGCCAUGAGUAAUUGGGUAAGGAUCCAGCUGAUUUUCUCCAGAUGAGUAGUUCAUUGUCCCAACACCAGUUAUUGCAAUAAGUUAUUCCUUCCCCAGGAAAUAUACCUGGGCUAAUUAAGAAAACUGUGCUUCAAUGUAAUUAUUCCACCUUAAUGCAUGAAAUAUUAGGUUAACAUGGAAAAAACAUGGCAUCCCAUGUUUUAGUAUUUUUUCCUUAUUUCCAAGCAGCACAUCUCUUUGAAUUAUAUUCUGUUCUCUGUUUUUAUAAUUUGACUCCCUUCUAUUCUACAUCUAAAUAGUGCAUUGUCUGUUUUCACGCAGGACUUUAAAAAUAGUUCUAGUACUAAUUGUAUUUUUAUUCUAAUACUGCUAUUCCUUUUACUGGUACUUCUGCAUCUUAAAAAAACAAAAGAAAACAAUGAAAACUUGGCAUGUUGGCUCACUUUGUGAAUGAAAGCAUACACUGUUCAGUUGUUUAUUCUUCAGCAACAUCUGAGUAUCCUCAAGAAAUCAGUGGAAUGAACCACUAGAGAUGAAUAGCCUUAAGUCCUCAAAGCUGAGCCCUUUGGGGUAACAUGCUCUAAUUCUGCCCUCUUUAGUUUGAGUUUAGGUUAAAUUCAGCUUGCAGAUUGCACCAAGCCUGAUGCCUCCCAGCCAUCAAGGAAAAGGGUAUCUAACACUUUGAAUCUCCAUUAAUCUUACAGCUCAGAUCCUGUGUAUUAAAUCUCAGCAUUCUCAGGGAUGUAUACUCUGGCAGAAAAACUUUAAUGAUUUUUUUUUCUGAUGCUGCCUAGAAAAUAUUAGAAAGAAGACCCUUCUUUCCUUUCCUUUCUUGUCCUGUCCUGUCCUGUCCUGUCUGUCCUGUCCUGUCCUCCCUCCCUCCCUUCCUUCCUUCCUUCUCUCCUUCUCCUCCUCCUCUCCUUUUCUUUUCUUUUCCUUUCCUUCUUCUUCCUUUCUUCCUUUCUUUCUUUCUUCCUGUAUUAUUUUCUUGUAUAGCUCAGGUCUCACUGCUUUGCUGCCAUUCUUGUGGAGAAUAAUAGGUAACAGAGGUGUGCACCUGGCCUCAUUUAUUGUCACACUGGAUAGGUAAUAGACGCCGGCAUGGCUAUGCUGUGGUUCCUGCUGAUGGGCACACUAUUACAGGUGCAUGAUAAGUGUGUCAUACGCAGGAAGUACGUUUCUCCCAGCCUUCCCUACCUGCUGAGGGCUGCUCCCAGCCUAAGGAUUUCAUCCAGAUAGAUUCAUAGCGCUUCCAGUAAAUGCACCCCUUGCCUGUCAAAGUUGAAAAAGAAAUUACUUUGGACACAAAGAGGUGUUUCUUUUGACACAGCAGGCGUGUGAAAAAAUAAGCAAAAAAACAAGAGGGAUUUCUGUUACCAUUGGCAUGUGCUUCUCUUGUACUUCUUUAGUUCACAAUGCCAGUGGUUCAGCUUCCCAUUCUGAUCCUCACUGCUCUAAUCUCUUCAUCUGUGCUUGCAAUCACAGCCACGCGGGCUCGCAAUAUUACCACGGAAUCAUUUUAUUUGUUGGAAUCUCUUUCCUGUUCAUUACUCAUUUUUAUCCCCAGGUAGACAAACACCCUAAGUUUACCUCUUGCGAAUUGUACGCUUUAAGAUUAAAGAAUUCGUAGUUGAAUAAGAAUAACUUUUCACAUAAAUUUAAUGGAGUUUUAUCUUCUGAGCCAAGGCUUUAUUUAAGGAGUCUUGGGAGGUAAUCAUGUGUUACCUGAGACUCUCCGCCCAUAGGAUGUAGUUCCUUUCCAUUGGAACACAUGGGGACCGAGGGAAUAAAGAAUGUUUUCAUCUCUGAAAAUGUCUCUCAUUCUUCCAAUCAAUGCUGCUCUUUUCUUGCUUAUUGUAUACUGGGAAGCAUUUGUUUCGAUUUGUGGUUAAAUGUGUGUGUCCACUGGACUUCAGUAUCCACCCUUUGAAGGACCGCAGGAGAAGUUGUUCAGGUAGAAACAUACAAGGGCCGGAUGCGGUGGCUCACACCUGUAAUCCCAGCACUUUGGGAGGCCUAGGCGGGUGGAUCACUUGAGGCCUGGAGUUUGAGACCAGCCUGGCCAACAUGGUGAAACCCUGUGUCUACUAAAAAUACAAAAAUUAGCCAGGUGCGGUGGCGCAAACCUGUAAUCCUAGCUACUUGGGAGGCUGAGGCAGGAGAAUCGCUUGAACUUGGGAGGCGGAGGUUGCAGUGAGUUGAGAUCGUGCCAGUGCACUCCAGCCUGGGUGACAGAGCGAAACUCUGUCUCAAAACACAAACAAAAAGAAACAUACCGGAAGAUCAGGUUCUAUUGAACCCCAGUGCAGCCAUGGGUAGAAUUUUAGGCUUAUUUAUAUUCCAUUUCACCACAAGAUGUCACCAGGGCACCACACCAACAUGGUCUAUGGACCAUCUCUCUGGCAAAUAGAGUUGUGGUCAUCAAACAGCACCUGCCCAGGGCUAUGGGGAGAGGAAGCUGGUUGGCUUUGUCACAAAUGCCUUGAUGUCUCUUUCCUCCCCUGGGGCCCAUCUCUUCCAGCGUUUGCAUAGAGAGAGAAGGCAGGCAACAGGACACAAGAAGAUUUUCCCAGAGUCCAGGGUGUUCUCUUACCCCUGAAAUAGUUUCUUCACUGGAUGGGAAGGCAGGCACCCAGGGGGAGAUGGCAUCAGAUGCAUAAACAGUUUUUCUCCUCAGUAGACAUUUACAUGAGUCAAUAGGAAUCAUAUUCUCUCUCUCUU